AUGGCUUCAGGGAGGGUCGCAGCAUGCGUCCUCGUUUUGUUCCUGUGGCCUCUUGCUCUACGGCAUGUGCUGGGUGCGGACCGGACCUUUGCGUCCUUCAUUUCAACGAGCACAAGCAUUUCGAGAAGUCACCCAAGGCAGAGCUCACCAGUGGUGUGUCGAGUGAGGGAGAAGAAGAAGAAAGUGCGAGGUGAGGGCAGGAAGCAAAAGGAAGCCAGACGAGCCCAGGUUCGGCCAAAAGCCGGCACGUCCAUUCCAGUCUUGCUGAGAAAGCUGCAUGCGGCCGCACAGCAAGGUGACUUGCAUAAAGCUGAAAGUAUUUUUGACCUUCUGCUUCUGCCUUCGGGCGAGGAGUUCACGGUUAGUGAAAGAACCAUCAAUGCCUUGGUUGUGGCUGCAGCAAAGCGUGGUAACAUCGAACGGGCGAAGCACUGGUUUGAACGGCUCUUUGACUUCAACCUUGAUCCCGGUGUGACCAUAUUUACAAGCAUGAUCUUAGCUGGCGCUGAGUAUGGGAACAUUCAGUUUGCAGAGGAGUGGUUCGAGGCGAUGGAAUUCUAUAGAGUUCGACCCGACAUCGCAGCAUAUGGUGCUUUGGUCAAGGCCGCAGCCAAUGCUAAAGACCUUCCUCGUGCGGAGAAGUGGUUCCGGAAAGCACAAGAAGCCGGACUUCGUCCGAAUCGAAUCAUGUACAACCUAGUCAUGAAGGCCGCUGCAAAAGCUAAAGACAUGAAGCAGACGGAGUGGUGGUUCGAGCAAGGCAGGAGUCAAGCCGGCAUGGUCUUCGAUGCCGUGGCUUGUACAACUUUGCUUAAUGCAGCCAAAGAGUGCGGGGAUCUAGCAAAGGCCGAGGCGUUCUACGAAGACUUCAUGCAAACAGGGCAGCAGCCAACCUUUCAGAUCUUGAAUGCUCUGAUCGGGGCUGCAGCCAAUGCUCAGCGGCCAGAAGAGGCCGCCAAAUGGUUUGAGACGAUGACAUCUCUCGGCCUGCAACGAACUCCGAGAUCAUAUGCCAGCUUGCUGAACGCUUGGUUUAGGGCUGGGAACGCGGACAAACUCUGGAAGGCAAUUGAGUGCAUGGAACAUGAUGGAGUCGAGGUCUCGGUCAUCGGCUACACGAUGGCUAUUCAGUCUUUUGGUAAGGGGGGAAGACGUGAUGAAGCAGAGCGAGUGGGGCGUCGCAUGAUCGCCAAAGGGGUUUACCCAAAUAAGUGGACGCUCUCAACUCUCGAACGUGCCGUCGGAGCUGCUCGAUACCUGCAGCUGAAACGAGAGUUGAAAUUGGAUGUACAUAUGGACAAGAUCGUCGACCAGACAGCGCGACAGAUCGCUCAAAGGUCUGUGGAAGCCGCGACACGCACUGAUGCUGUUGCGGUGAAAGCCAAGCUGUACAAAAGCAUUACAGCCGAGGCUUGA